AUGGAAGGGUCCCAGGGUCCUGUACCAUCCUCUCCAACUCGUCUUCACCAAGGGGCUGGGGAGCAACGGGCGGUUUGGUGCGAAGCACAUGCACGAGCCGACGCAGAACCCACGAGAACAGCCCAACCAGUCGCUGAGAAGGGGCCCCAGCAGACCCAAGCAUGGACCACGCAAGAUGCACCAGCCGAAGAGCGUACCCCCUCUGUCUUGAUCUUGGAUAGCUGGAAAGAAGAGAUGAUGCAAGAGGUGAUGCAAAAAUUCUCGGACGGAAGAUCUGCCUGCGCUAUUGAUUACAUGGAUUUGGUUUCAAGGACCACCGAGAGAUCGCCUUUCGUAGAGUGGAUACAGAACGAGCCCAAACCGCUCGACUUCACAAUUCUCCCACUGCCCGCAUUCAACAGAAAAGGAGAUCCGCUCAAUCACCUAUUCCAAUUCCAGCAGAAGAUGGCCUUGGAAGCCAACAAUGAAGCCAUACAAUGCAAAGUUUUCUCCAUAACUUUUUCUGGACCAGCCCUGCUAUGGUUCAGGCAGUUGAAACCUGGCUCUGUCAAUAGCUUCGGUGAUCUUCGCAGAGCCUUUCUCCAACAGUAUAAUGCUAACCGCCAAGCACCAAGAACGAUGGUAGAUCUCUACCGAAUUGAGGAAGGUGAAAAUGAACACCCAAAGUCGUACCUGCAAUGUUUCAUCGACCUCGUACAUCAGAUCCAUGAUGUAGAGCCGGCAACCGCGGCUAAUCUCUUCAUCAAAAGCCUACAAGUGGGCUCCGUCUUGCACGAAAACCUCACAAUGACACCACCGUAUGACAUGGCCAAAAUCCAGAUCCGCGCCGAGGGCGUCUUCAGGGUCUUGGAAUUUCGAGAAUGUGCGCAGAAGAAGUCCGCCCUUAUUUCAACACCAUCAACAAAUAACCCUCCUCCUCCAUCUACAAGGGACGACAAAAGAAAAAGACAAGAGCCAGAUCACACGAAAGGAGGAAAAUGA